CACAGUUCACACAAAAAGGCGACUAAAAAGACAUCUGGAGAAGCCAGCCAUAGGUGACAGUCUGAUGCUCCUCUCCAGGUGCUGGUACCUUUCCUGGACUCUACAUUUGGCAGUGUUGGUGACAGAGCAGGCUGAAGCCCAGGACAACACCUGCCAGGGCAGUUCCAUCUCUCGCUUGAGAACCUGGUUUCCUUCCCUGCUGCAGAGAGAAGCAGCUGCCAGGCCCAGGCACCCCAGGAAUGCGCCAUGCCCAUAGUGGACAAGCUGAAGGAGGCCCUCAAGCCUGGCCGCAGGGACUCAGCAGAGGAUGGGGACCUGGGCAGGCUGCUGGCCGCCUCGGCCAAGAAGGUCCUUCUGCAGAGGAUUGAGUUUGAACCAGCCAGCAAGAGCUUCUCCUACCAGUUAGAGUCCUUGAAAAGCAAAUAUGUGCUGCUGAACUCGAGGACUGAGGGAGCCAGCCGCCACAAGAGUGGAGAUGAGCUACAGGCCAGGAAACCAGGCACUGAGCGCGUGUCUGGAAGUGGGGGUGAUGGAGUCCCUGCCCCACAGAAAGUGCUCUUCCCGAUGGAGCGACUGUCUCUGAGGUGGGAGCGGGUUUUCCGUGUUGGCGCAGGGCUGCACAACCUGGGUAACACCUGCUUCCUGAACUCCACCAUUCAGUGCUUGACCUACACGCCACCACUGGCCAACUACUUGCUCUCCAAGGAGCACGCGCGGAGCUGUCACCAAGGAAGCUUCUGCAUGCUGUGUGUCAUGCAGAACCACAUGGUCCAGGCCUUCGCCAACAGCGGCAAUGCUAUCAAGCCUGUCUCCUUCAUCAGAGACCUGAAAAAGAUUGCCCGGCACUUCCGAUUUGGGAACCAAGAGGAUGCACACGAGUUCCUGCGGUACACCAUCGAUGCCAUGCAAAAGGCCUGCCUGAACGGCUACGCCAGGUUAGACCGGCAGACACAGGCUACUACCCUGGUGCAUCAGAUCUUCGGAGGCUAUCUCAGAUCCCGGGUGAAGUGCUCUGUGUGCAAGAGCGUCUCGGACACAUAUGAUCCCUACUUGGACAUAGCACUGGAGAUUCGGCAAGCGGCAAACAUCGUGCGCGCCCUGGAACUCUUUGUGAAACCAGAUGUCCUCAGUGGAGAGAAUGCCUAUAUGUGUGCUAAGUGUAAGAAGAAGGUGCCAGCCAGCAAGCGCUUCACCGUCCAUAGAACAUCCAAUGUCCUAACUCUGUCCCUCAAACGCUUUGCCAACUUCAGCGGGGGCAAAAUCACCAAGGACGUUGGCUAUCCUGAGUUCCUGAACAUCCGUCCCUACAUGUCACAAAGCAAUGGUGACCCUGUCAUGUAUGGGCUCUAUGCUGUCCUGGUGCACUCGGGCUACAGCUGCCACGCUGGGCACUACUACUGCUAUGUGAAGGCCAGCAAUGGACAGUGGUACCAGAUGAAUGACUCCCUGGUCCAUUCCAGCAAUGUCAAGGUGGUUCUGAACCAGCAGGCCUACGUGCUCUUCUACCUGCGGAUUCCAAGCUCUAAGAAAAGUCCUGAGGGCCCUGUCUCCAGGGUGGGCUCCACUCUUCCUGGCCGUCCCAGUGUCAUUCCAGAUCCCCCUAAGAAGAGCCCUGGCAAUGGGGUCGUUUCCUCCCCGCUGAUUGCAAAGCGACAAGACUCUGUGGUGAUGAAAAAGCUGCAGGCCCCUGAGGAGGUUGGAAUGCCUGUGGCUAGGAACGGCUCUGUUGCUGGUCAGAAGUUACAGAAUGGGUGUGUUCCUGCAAAGGCUCCUGCUGGCUCCCCUUCCCCAAGACUCACCCCAACACCCACACACAUGCCCACCAUUCUGGACGAGCCUGGAAAGAAGGUGAAGAAGCCAGCCCCUCUGCAGUCCCUCACCGCGUCCCCACCCGCCUCUCAGGGCUCUCCUGGGACCAUGGAACCCAGGAGCCCGCGGCCUGGCUCCUGGGCAAGCAGGGACACCAUCGUCUCUACCUCACCAAAGCUCCUGGCCAAAGCCAUUGUCAAUGGGCACAGGCUGAAGGGGGAAGGCAGUGGUGCAGACCUGGAGAAGGGGGCUUCAAGCAGCUCGAGCCCCGAGCACUCGGCCAGCAGUGAUGCUGCCAAGGCCCCACAGACGCCAGAGGGCAGAGCUGCACAUUUCUGUGACUCUCAGGGAACAAACCGUCCCGCCUCUGGCCAUUCCAAAGCGCUGUUGAACGGAGUAGAUCCCAGGAUGGUGAAGCUGAAGUCCCCUGCCCUGAGCAGUACCACCACUGAGCCCACAAGCCUCAUGUCUCCUCCACCAGCCAAAAAACUGGCUCUGUCGGCCAAGAAGGCCAGCACCCUGAGGAGGGCGACCGGCAAUGACAUCCGUUCACCUCCCCCCUCAGCAUUCUCCGACCUCACCUAUCCCAUGAAAGCCACCCACCCCGUCGUUGCCUCCACUGGGCCUGUCAGUAAAACCAGGGCUGUCGCACCUGCUCCCCGGCCAUCUGCCCUCCUGAAGCAUCCUGUCAACCCCCACUCUGCAUCACUGUCCAGUAGUAGCGCCAAGCCCUUAGGGACACCAGAGCCACAGAGCUGCUGCUCCUCUGCCUGGACACCCCCGCCAAAGGUCAACGGACACUUCACGCCCCAGUUAUGCCGGCUGCCAGAGGUCAGUGAGGCCCCGCACAGUCUCCCCAGGAAGAGGAAAAAGACCCCCGAUGGAGAUCCCCAGAGACCAGCCAUAGACACACACCUCCCACAGUGCCCCGGGGGCACACCUGCAUCAGCACGCAGGAAGAGAAAAAAGAAGAAGUGUCUGGAGGAAGUGGCUGCCACAGCUCCCCAGCAGGAAAGCCAGUCUCAGGGCCAGCCUUGGAGUCCCAGGGGCUGGAAGGAAGAGGGUACAGAGCCCCAAAUAAAUGGCCAUCAAGUGAGUCACAUCCUGGACAGUCACCAUGUGAGCAGCAGGAAAAGGAGGAAGAGGAAAAGAUCAGAAGGACUCAACCAGGAAGCCACCCAGUCCCAGGGCCCGCUGGAGCGCAGCUGCUCCUCUGCAAACCACUGUGAGCCUGAGGCCAGAACAGAGUUACUGAGGAAGAAGAAAAGAAGAAAAAGAAAGCAUGAGUCACAGCAGGAGGAGGAAGAAAAGGAGCACCCAGAGAGCCAGAGGAGCCCGAGGCCCAAUCUCACCCCAGGUGCUGAGCUGAGUGUGAAUGGCCAUCUUUCCAGUGAACGCUUGGGCCUGGGACACGCGCCUCUCAUUGCUUGGAACAGAGAUAAAGAAGCUGACGUGGUCCAGGAGUUGCUCCGAGACUCAUCUGAUACGGCUUAUGGGAAAAAAGUUUUGACCUGGGAUGGUGAGCCUUCGGCCGUCAGUCAGGAUGCUAUCAAAGACAGCAGAUUGGCCCGGGCCCACACUGUGCUUGACAACUGGGACGAAGAGUUUGAUCGAGGGAAGGAAAAGAAAAUUAAAAAGUUGAAGAGAGAAAAGAAGAGGAACUUCAAUGCCUUCCAGAAGCUUCAGAGUAGACGGAACUUUUGGUCUGCGACUCAUCCUGCUAAGGUCACCAGCCUCAGCCAUCGCCGCUGAGCUUGCUGCGAUUGUUAGAGGACGACCAGUGUGCCUGUGCCACAGCAUCCCAGAGCUGCCAUAUCACAUCCUUGGGACUGUCCACUUGGACUGAGGAGUAGCCUUGUGCAGACUACACUGCACUGUGAGCCUGCCAGGUGGAGGUUCCUGGUCCCACUGUUCACAGAUGAUGCAUUGUAGCCCUGGCACUUCAGCUCAGAGCCUCUGGUGGUUUCAUGAUGAACCUCACAAGAGAAAGCCUGGCCUGUGGAGACAUCCUCCUAAUGGACCCUGGGGUC